CUAGAUGCUCAAUGUGUGGCCAGGCAUCCAUUAAUCAAUCUUAGAAUUCUAUUCAUAUAUGAAUCGAAUAUGUAGUCCUCCUUUUCUAUAUAGCUGAUGCUCAAUGUGUGGUCAGGCUUCCCGGUAAAAUAUUCGAGUCAUACAACCAAAACCCCCAUGCCCCAAAAUGAAGGGGAAGGUAGUCAAAUCUCUUGGGAUAGUUGGGAAUGUAGUACAUAAUUCUGUCUCUGAAAUUUGGAUUCUAUAACCUCAUAGAUGCCACAACAUUAGAAACUAGAGUCAUGGAAUCUAACUACAGUCAUGGAAUCUUUACAAACUAGGGUUACUAACUGAUGUUCGAGAAAGAUGCAAGGUUCAGCUAAGUCGGAUGGCAAUGCCUCGUUGUUAUAAAUUGUCUCAAAUGGUUUCAAUAAUUGAACUGAAUCAAGGAGAAGAUGGAGUUCACAGAUUCGCCACUUUACACCGCAGUACCAAUGCCAAUUGCAAAGAUAAACAGAGUUUAUGGAUGCGUAUAUUUUUGUGCAAUUCUGGGGCUUAUGUAUUAUCGGAUCCAUUAUAUGCCAAGUGAAGGAUAUGUACCGUGGAUGCUGCUAUUUUGUGCAGAGCUAGGUUUGGCCUUCCAGUGGGUAUUAGAGAUGAGCUUCAGGUGGAGGCCUGUGGAUCGAUUUACCUACCCAGAAAGACUCUCUAAAAGGUUUGGGAGGGAGCUACCUCCCAUUGAUAUAUUUAUAUGCACGGCUGACCCUGAUAAAGAACCUCCACUGGAUGUUUCAAACACUGUAUUGUCUACUCUGGCUUUUAAUUAUCCAAUAGAAAAAUUGACAUGUUAUGUAUCCGAUGAUGGAGGAUCCCCACUCACCUUUUAUGCUCUGUUGGAAGCUUCACGUUUUGCAAAGAGUUGGGUUCCUUUUUGCCACAAGUAUUCUAUUCAGCAGAGAUGCCCAGAAGCAUAUUUUUCUGAAUGUUAUGACAAUGAAAGUGACAGCUCGUUCACUACAGAAUGGGAAAAUGUCAAGAAAUUGUACGAGGAAAUGAAAUAUUGUAUAAAUACAAGUGUUGAAAGAGGCAUUGCUCCAGAACAUAAAUAUAAAGAAGACUAUGGUUUGAAAGAAUGGAAACCGGAGAUGACUUCACGAGACCACCCGAGUAUAGUUCAGAUUUUGCUGGAAAGGGUCAAAGACAUUAACUUUGAGGGCCAUGAUUUGCCCAGUCUUGUUUAUGUGUCCCGUGAAAAGCGACCUGGACACCCCCAUAAUUUUAAGGCCGGUGCCCUUAAUGUUCUGAUUAGAGUCUCUGCUCUAAUGAGCAAUGCUCCAUUCAUUCUUACUCUGGACUGUGACAUGUACGCCAACAACUGUGAUGCCCUUAGGGAAGCUAUGUGCUUUUUCAUGGACUCUCCAACAGGGCACCAAUUUGCCUAUGUACAGUUUCCCCAAAGGUUUCAUGGCAUUACCAAAAACGAUCUGUAUGCCCAUUGGACGAAUUUUCAUAUACGUCAUAAGGGAAUGGAUGGAAUCGAAGGUUCGACAUACGUGGGUACCGGAUGCGUUUUCCGCAGGGACGUCUUAUGUGGAAGCGAGCGACAACACAGCUCCUCGAAUUCAAUCAAAGAGCUGAUUAGUUCAUCAAUUUUAAGCAUGGAGAAAGCUGCUCCAUCCAAGCGAUUGGACGAGGCAAAAGAGCUUGCCAAGUGCGGGUAUGAGGAGAACACCCAAUGGGGGAAAAAGGUCGGCAUGCUCUACGAUUGUGCCGUGGAAGAUAUUUUGACAGGGUUAUCUAUUCACUGCAGAGGAUGGAAAUCUGCUUACUGCUGUCCCAAAAGAGAUGCUUUUGUGGGGUCUGCGCCUGUUAACCUGAAUGAUACUCUCAUCCAAAAUAAAAGGUGGGCAACAGGUUUACUGGAGAUUUUUGCCAGCAAAUAUUGUCCAGUUACUUAUGGGAUUCGCCAUACAAAACUAGCACAGAACAUGUGUUACAGCUAUUACUUUCUGUGGGCUCCAUCUUCAUUACCUUUAAUCUGCUACGGUUUGGUACCAGCCUUAUGCAUGGUUGCAGGCCUAUCGGUAUUUCCUCAGAUUUCAGAACCAUGGGUUCUCCUAUUUCUAUUUUUACCAAUAUGUGCAUAUGGACAAAAUGCUCUAGAGUUUAUAUAUGUGGGAGGAGGCUCUUUAAAAUCUUGGUGGAAUGAUCAAAGGAUGUGGAUGAUAAAAGGCGGGUCUUCCUAUCUGUUUGCGCUCAUUCAGGUCGUCUGUAAACUACUUGGAAUAUCCAAAGUGGGUUUCGAAGUGACAAGCAAAGUGUUUGAUAGCGAAUCAGGCAAACGAUAUGAGGCAGAAAUUUUUGAGUUGGGGGUUUCGUCUGUGUUGUUUAUACCUUUUUCUAUCAUAGCAUUGAUAAAUCUGAUGGCAUUAGCGUGUAGAAUUGUAGGCGUUAUGAGAGAAGGUUAUUCAGCCAUGGCAGAUAUGUUUGUGCAGGUGGUGAUGUCGAGCUUCAUAGUAAUAAAUAGCUAUCCGAUAUACGAGGGUAUGUUGGUGAGGAAAGACAAGGGAAGAAUGCCUACUUCAAUCACUGUGUUCUCUACAUUGACUGCGGUGCUUGCCUGUUCAACAGCUUCGGCCCUAUCGCAGUCUUCUGAAACUUCGAUUUUAAAAAAUUGACUUAUGAAGUUUGAGAUAAUGUUUUAUCUGUAACUAAUGAUAGCAAAUCUUAAACUGAAACAUGGUAUGCAGCAGUAAAACAGGACAUGAAGCUAAUUUUUGAAUCUAUCAUCCAUUCAGGUCGGAAUCCUGUGAAUGAUGCUAUAAGCUGAGACAAAUACUCUUGUUAGCAAAUCUAAAUACUAAUCAGUUUUUACGGACCA